AUGGCAGACCGAAUGAUAGAGGUUCAACGGUUCCAGCCACCUUCCAAUGCUCAGAUUUCCACAUCCUCUUCAACGGUUAACGAGCAGUUACUGCAACAAAUGUCGGCUAUGGCGGAUGGGAUAGCCUCCCUAAAACUACAGCUUGCUCGCAUUACCUGUAGUCGCUCACCCAGCCGUCAUCGUUCACGUUUGCGACCUCGCACAGCCAAUUUGUGUUGGUAUCACGCAAACUUUGUCGCCAAGGCUCGCAAAUGUUCUUCCCCUUGUUCAUUUAAACCUAAACAGGGAAACCAGCAAGCCAGAGAAUAGACGCGACCGUUUUCUCUGGCUCUCCCAGCUCUGGCCGCACCUUUUAUGUCUGCGACAAUGUGACUUGCAGGCGUUUCCUGGUGGACACCGGAGCCCAGAUCAGCGUGGUUCCCCCCACUCCAGUUGACCGCCGCUGUCCCAGCCCUGGUCUACAUCUCCAAGCUGCAAACUGUUCCCCCAUUUCCACUUUUGGUAGUCGUUCCCUAACGCUAAACAUUGGUUUACGUCGAUCAUUCUCCUGGAUAUUUGUGAUUGCCGAUGUGCCUCAUGCGAUCCUUGGUUCCGACUUCCUAGCCGAGUUUGAUCUCCUUGUGGAUUGUCGGCGUUCCGGUCUCCUCGACCGCACAACUGGUCUUUCUGUCCACGGUCUUACACCCUUUAAUGACUCCUGCAAUUUAUCUGUUCUGGACACAGGUAUUGCUUGCCCAUACCGAGACCUGCUCCUCCAACACCCCAACAUAAUCAAACCCCAGUUUCGCAGUGGUGAGAUCCAGCAUGACGUUGUCCACCACAUUCGCACCUCUGGCCCCCCAGUAUUCGCACGGCCCAGACGACCGGCUCCGUCCCGUCUGCAAGCGGCGAAGGCCGAAUUUGAGCACAUCCUGCAACUGGGCAUAAUUCGGCCUUCCCGAGAGUCCAUGGGCGUCCCCUCUGCAUAUGGUGCCCAAGGCGACAUCAGACGACUGGCGGCCCUGUGGUGA